AUGGCCAAAGGCAAUUUUACUAUUGUUACCCAGUUCAUUCUUUUGGGACUGACAGAUCAUGCAGAACUGAAAGUUGUGCUUUUUGUGCUGUUCCUGGUGAUGUACGUCGUUACCUUGGUGGGAAACGUGGGCAUGAUCCUCUUAAUCCAAAUCACCCCGAAACUCGACACGCCCAUGUACUUUUUCCUCAGUUGCCUCUCGUUCGUAGACACCUGCUAUUCAUCCGUCAUUGCCCCCAAAUUGCUGGCCAGCUUCUUGGUGGUGAGGGAAAUCAUCUCAUUCUCUGGUUGCAUCGUACAGCAUUUGUUUUUUGGGGUGUUCAUUACCACAGAAGGCUUCCUGCUUUCGGUGAUGGCUUAUGACCAUUAUGUGGCCAUCUCCAACCCGCUCCUGUACAAUGUGGCCAUGUCUAAGAGGAGGUGUGUAGCGCUCGUGGCUGGGUCCUUUGCCGGUGGGCUGAUUAACUCGCUGACACACACAGUAAGCUUGGGGAGACUGUCCUUUUGUGGACCCAACGUAGUGGGUCACUUCUGUGAUAUUCCUCCACUGCUAAAACUGUCGUGUUCCGACACCUCCAUGAAUGAGUUUUUGCUUGUAUUGUUUUCUGGGGUCAUUGCAAUGGCCAUUUUCUUGGUGGUGAUCAUUUCCUAUGCAUUCAUUGCCUUGGCUAUCCUGCGAAUCUGCUCAGGUUCCGGCAGACGGAAAGCCUUCUCCACCUGUGCCUCUCACCUGACUGCCGUCACCGUGUUCUAUGGCACCUUAAGUGUUAAUUACAUUCAGCCCAGCUCCCAGUAUUCUGUGGAACAGGAGAAGGUGGUUUCCGUGUUCUAUACAUUAGUGAUUCCCAUGUUAAAUCCGCUCAUCUACAGCCUCAGGAAUAGAGAGGUAAAAGAUGCUGUGAAAUGGGCCGUAGAAAUGAGACACUCCUCAUGUUAA